AAUAUGAAACCUCCGCUCUCUCUCUCUCUCAAACCGCCACUCAUUUGAUUUCUUUCCUCAGAUUUUUUCCCCAUUGCCUUCCUCUAGAUCUCUCUGGUUUCAGUCAUACUACUCUCUCUCUCUUCCUAGUUUUCUCGGGUUUUGUUGCUUUCUCUCUCUAUCGGAGCUGCCGGCGAGAAGCGGAGCCGGAGAUGGUGGUGGUUCAUGGAGUGUCGUCUCCGGGUGUUGUCCCGUUGGCGUCGUCUUCGUCUUCGUCUUCAUCCUCUACUCGAUUCACUACCGGCUUCAAUGGCGGUCUCAGAACCUCCAGCGUUUCUUUCCUCCUGAAGAAGCAGACUCUCUCUCGGAAGAUCUUUGCUGGGAAUCCAUCUAGAGAUUUCGAUUCUCCGUCAUUAGCUGUUGCUGCAUCUGAUAAAGUCCUCGUACCAGGCGGCGGCCCUACUGAUGGGUCUUCCUUGGUGACAGAUCAACUAGAAGCUCCAAAUAGUUCUUCAGAAGAUUCACAGCUUGAUAUGCUUGACCCGAAUGCUCAAACGAUGGACAAGAAUGAGACAGUUGGAGAGGAAAACCAUGCUUCUGCUUCUGCUUCUGCUUUGAGUACAGAGGAUGAUGACGAUGAUAAUGGUGCUCACAGUGAGGAGGCAAGAGUUCCUCUUAAUGAGAAGGUUAUUAUCAAGGAGAAGGAGGCAAAACCGAGAGUAAUUCCUCCACCUGGUGAAGGGAAACGAAUAUAUGAGAUAGAUCCCAUGCUGAGGAGUUACAGAGAGCAUCUUGAUUACCGUUAUGGACAGUACCGAAGAUUGCGUGAGGAAAUCAACAAGUAUGAAGGUGGUCUGGAGGCCUUCUCCCGUGGCUAUGAAAAGUUAGGAUUUCAACGCAGUGAUACUGGCAUAACAUACCGAGAGUGGGCGCCAGGAGCUAAAUCUGCGUCACUUAUUGGAGACUUUAACAACUGGAAUCCUAAUGCAGAUGUCAUGGCUCAGAAAGAAUUUGGUGUCUGGGAGAUCUUUUUGCCCGACAACGCUGAUGGUUCACCCGCGAUACCUCAUGGAUCACGUGUAAAGAUUCGCAUGGAUACUCCAUCUGGAAUCAAAGACUCAAUCCCUGCUUGGAUCAAGUUCUCAGUGCAAGCUCCUGGUGAAAUCCCAUACAAUGGCAUAUACUAUGAUCCACCAGAAGAGGAGAAGUACGUGUUCAAGAAUCCUCAACCAAGGAGACCUAAAUCACUGAGAAUUUAUGAAUCACAUAUUGGCAUGAGUAGCACGGAACCUAUUAUUAAUACAUAUGCUAAUUUCAGAGACGAUGUACUUCCUCGUAUCAAAAGGCUUGGCUAUAAUGCCGUCCAAAUCAUGGCUAUACAAGAACAUUCAUAUUACGCCAGCUUCGGGUACCAUGUCACAAACUUUUUUGCUCCUAGCAGCCGUUUUGGGACCCCGGAAGAUCUUAAAUCACUGAUAGAUAGAGCUCACGAGUUAGGCCUUCUUGUUCUGAUGGAUAUUGUUCAUAGCCAUGCGUCCAAAAAUACGUUGGAUGGACUGAACAUGUUUGAUGGAACUGAUGCUCACUACUUCCAUUCCGGAGCUCGGGGAAACCAUUGGAUGUGGGAUUCUCGCCUUUUCAAUUACGGUAGCUGGGAGGUAUUACGGUUUCUCCUUUCGAAUGCACGGUGGUGGCUAGAAGAAUAUAAGUUUGACGGGUUUAGAUUUGAUGGCGUCACCUCAAUGAUGUAUACUCAUCAUGGACUUGGGGUAGGAUUUACUGGCAAUUACAAUGAAUACUUUGGAUAUGCGACAGAUGUGGAUGCCGUGGUUUAUCUGAUGCUGGUAAAUGAUAUGAUCCAUGGUCUCUACCCUGAAGCUGUUACCAUUGGCGAAGAUGUAAGUGGUAUGCCGACAUUCUGCAUUCCUGUCCAAGAUGGGGGUGUUGGAUUUGAUUACCGUCUUCACAUGGCAAUUGCCGAUAAGUGGAUAGAAAUUUUCAAGACAAGGGAUGAAGACUGGAAAAUGGGUGAUAUUAUUCACACACUCACCAACAGAAGGUGGCUGGAAAAUUGUAUUGCUUAUGCCGAGAGCCAUGACCAAGCCCUUGUUGGUGAUAAAACAAUUGCUUUCUGGUUAAUGGAUAAGGAUAUGUAUGAUUUCAUGGCACUAGACAGACCAACAACUCCUCUUAUUGACAGAGGAAUAGCACUGCACAAAAUGAUAAGGCUUAUAACAAUGGGCUUAGGCGGUGAAGGAUAUUUAAAUUUCAUGGGGAAUGAAUUCGGGCAUCCGGAAUGGAUCGACUUUCCCAGAGGCGAUCAGCGUCUUCCUGAUGGCUCUGUGAUUCCUGGGAAUAACUUCAGUUACGAUAAAUGCCGCCGUAGAUUUGAUCUCGGGGAUGCCAACUAUCUCAGAUACCGAGGAAUGCAAGAAUUUGAUCAAGCUAUGCAGCAUCUCGAAGAGGAAUACGCUUUCAUGACUUCCGAGCAUCAAUAUAUAUCGCGGAAAGACGAAGGAGACCGAAUGAUCGUUUUCGAGAGGGGCAAUCUCGUCUUUGUCUUCAACUUCCACUGGAGUAACAGCUACUUCGAUUACCGUAUCGGCAGUGCAAAAUCCGGGAAAUACAAGAUCGUGUUGGAUUCAGACGAUCCUCUGUUCGGAGGCUUCAGCAGGCUGGACCACGAUGCCGAGUUCUUCACCUCUGACGGUUGGUAUGAUGGCCGUCCAUGUUCGUUCAUGGUUUACGCACCAUCAAGAACGGCCGUGGUUUAUGCCUUAGUUGAAGACAAGGACGAUGAAAAUGAGAAAGCAUAUGAUAUCGUACAACCCAUCGGGGAUGAGGAUGGAGCUUAGUUAAUAACAAGUCUCGUUGGUUUCUGAUGAAAGAAAUCAUUACAGAAGAAGCAUAUAUAUAUAUAUAUAUAUACAUAUAACCUAAUGUAUCACUAUAAGAUUGAAACAAUGCUUCUGAUCUAUCAAUUUGCUUUGGUUCUUUGCUGUUAUGACUUAGUUUAAUUUGUUUCUAGUCAAAUUGAUUUGAGCAAAUUGGUGGCAAUAUUUGUGAAA